UCAGGGUUUUAUUGACAACAAGUUGCAGGCCAUUAUACAAGACAAGCCACAGGGACAGUUCCUGCUUGCCCAGUUGUCACCCUGCACAUGCCAGGGAGGUGGUGGAGGCUUCUUUGUACCCCAAUAUACAGAGACAGGAGCCAGAAGGGGAAAGGCCCCAUGUCCCAUUCCCCACAACCCCAGGGCCUGGAUUCUAUACUUGCCAUUGCUCCCAGGAGAUUCAUUUCCAAGCAGGGUUUGAUGCGCCGAACCUGGCUCUCCAGCACAGACAUCAGCUCACACAUGCACGAAUUUACACACAGCGUGGUUCAAACCUUUCAAGCACUAACCCUCUCCCCGAUCCUUCCCCCCAGCUGCUGGAGCAGGGAGUCGAUCCUUCACACCAACUGCCGCUGGGGCAGCAGCUCGCUCGUCUGGAUCCACAGUGGGGAGUACAUUUCUGGCGCUCCCUCUCUCAGCAUCUAUGACGGGCGCUUCUUAGCCACUACUGAGAACGUGAUUGUGGCCUCCAUGAACUACCGGCUGGGGGCGGUGGGCUUCCUGUCCCUGCCCCCAGCCGCCCCAGGGAACGCCGGCCUGUGGGACCAGCGCUUGGCACUGCACUGGCUGCGGGACAAUGCAGCCGCCUUCAGUGGGGACCCAGCUCGCGUGAUGCUCUUCGGCCAGAGCGCCGGUGGUUCCUCAGUCAGCUUCCACCUCCUCUCCGCGGGGAGCCGGCUCCUCUUCUCCCACGCUGUGUCGCAGAGCAGAGCUGCCACCGCACCGUGGGCUUGGAUUUCACUUGAGGAGCCCAAGGAGAGAGGCCGGAGGCUGGGCCAGCUGCUGGGCUGCACCGAUGGUGACGACACCGCCCUGGUGGGCUGCCUGCAGGGGAAGGAACCCAGGGAGUUCCCCAAACAUGAGAUCUCCAUCUUGCACCGCAAGGAGCUGAUGAUGAUAGCCUUUGUGCCAACUCCAGAUGGGGAUUUCCUCCCUGAUACACCAUCAAGGCUGCUGAGGGCCGGGCACAGCCAGCCUAUGCCCAUCCUGACCGGGUUCACUCCCAGUGAAGGCUCCUACAUGUUAAAACUCAGUCCUCUUGACUUCAGCCUGGAGAACAUCAGCCACAUCGGCUGGGAGGAGCUGCUGCAGGUGGUGAGGCUGUCAGUGCCAGGGGCCCCAGAAGAGGCCAUUCAGAUCGUGGCACGGCGGUACAGCCAGGAGAGGCAGGAUGAGGCACGGUACUUAUGGGCCAUGGAUCAAACCACCGGUGACCACCUCUUUGUGUCCCCGGUAGCUGAGAUGGCUGGGCGAGAGGCGGAGGCCGGCAGUCCUGUGUACACCUACUACUUCACCCACAGCAGUCCUGGCUCAUCUUUACCAGAGUGGAUGGGGGUGACACACAGCUCCGAGGUGCCCUACCUCUUCGGGACCCUGGUGGCCAUGUGGGGCGCCAACUACACUCUCACAGAGGCCGAGACCGGGCUGAGCCGCAGGGUGAUGCAGUACUGGGCGGAGUUUGCCAGUAAGGGAUCCCCCUUAAGUAAGCCAGCGUGUGUCCCCCUUGAGCCAGUUGUCCACAACGUGGUCUGACAGUCAAGUCUCGGAAAAGUUCCUUUUUAAAUAUAGAAAACCAGUUCAACUUCCACCCCCGGCUAGAAGAAGAACUGAAUUUUUAUGAGGGAGACAAAAUUUUAAACAUGAUGAUUCAUAGUUAGUAACAGCCCCUUUCCUUUUUCCACAUAGGAAUUUUGAAAACACAACACCACAAUUGCAUUCCUGCAGGAAAAUUAGCAGUUUAGAGAACAGCUUCUCUUCCGUUGUCUAAUCCCAACAAAGGCAAAGCUACAAACCACAACCACCCAAAAACCACCACCA